GUUCGAUCCAAGUCCUGUAGACCUUUUGAGUUGUCUUCAGCCCGAAGGCGUCGCCAAGUCCACAGAAUGGACAUGACGCAUCCAUCUAUUCUCGAGCCCGGAUGUGCACGUCGAAGCCCUUUUCUUUUCCCUUUGCUUUCAGGAGUUUUCACGAUCAUGUGAGGGUGCACUUACAUCUUUUGCCUCUUUCGUGCGCGCUUCUGGCUAGUCAGUCGAGGACUUGUGCUGCACGAAGAAUGGCAGAUACCACUUUGGAGACAUUUAGCGAGUUAUACGAAAAGAUGAAUCUUGAGUCUAGAUGUCGGGCACACAGAUUGCCCGCGAGAGGCCACGUCAAGAAGGUGAAAGGGAAGUAGUCACAGAAGAAAAAAGACUAUAGUCGCCAUGUGGUCUGGCCAGAUUCUAAAGGUUGCACUCUGGGCAUCUUUAUGAGAGGAAAACUGGCAUCAGAUGUCGAAUGCAAGACGG